GCAGCAGGCAGAUAAGGAGCAACUGUAAACGGGAGAAGAAAGCAUUGCUUUUCCUGCCACACAACUGAAGCUGAGAGCCUUUCCUCUAACCAGCUGCAGGUUUCAGCCAUGUUGGUCUACCUGGCUGCCCUGCUGGGGCUUUACUUCCUUCGCCGAUGGUACAAGGAGAGAAAGACGGUGGAGAACCUGACGGAGAAAUAUGUCUUCAUCACGGGGUGUGACUCUGGCUUUGGAAACCUACUUGCCAGGCAGCUGGAUGCCCGGGGCCUGCGGGUGCUGGCAGCCUGUCUCACGCAGACGGGGGCAGAGCAGCUGGGCAAGGCCACCUCAGGGCGCUUGAAAACCACCAUUCUGGAUGUGAGCAGCACAGAGAGUGUGGCGGCCGCGACGGAGUGGGUGAAAGGGUGCAUUGGGAACAAAGGGCUUUGGGGCCUGGUGAACAACGCAGGCACAGCUCUACCAUCAGGUCCCAACGAAUGGCUGACCAAAGAUGACUUUGCAAAGGUGAUCAAUGUCAACCUUCUUGGGAUGAUUGAUGUGACGCUACACAUGGUGCCUCUGGUGAGGAAAGCCAGAGGGAGGGUGGUCAAUGUGUGCAGUUCGAUGGGACGCCUGGCCUGCUUUGGAGGUGGUUACUGCCCAUCCAAGUUUGGUGCGGAAGCCUUCUCUGACAGCCUGAGGCGAGAGCUCCAUCCUUUUGGAGUCCAAGUCAGCAUUAUUGAACCUGGUGGUUUCCAAACAAACAUUUUCACACAAGCAGUAGAGAAUUUAAAGAAAGUAUGGAACCGAGUGCCAUCUGACAUCAAAGAAGUCUAUGGGGAACAGUACUUGGAGAACUAUUUCAAAAUUGGCCAAGAUAUCUUUAACACUUCCAACAGCAAGCUUCACCUGGUCACUGAUUGUAUGGAACAUGCCCUGACAUCCUGCUCCCCUCGCACUCGCUACUCUGCAGGCUGGGAUGCAAAGUUCUUGUACAUUCCUGCAUCUUACUUUCCAACGUCCAUCGUUGACUUCGUGGCGAGCUGCAUUCAGCCCAAACCUGCUCAAGCUGUAUAGAUUGCUUUGAAGAAAAACCUUUACAGUUGUCCAAAUGAGCCAACAAUCUGUGGAUGGAACACAAGCCUAAUUGCAUCUUGAUGUUUACGUUUUUAUUUUGCUUGUUUAUGCAAAAUAGAAAAGGCGACAAACAAACAAACUUUUGCA